GGGAUGACCAGGGCUAGACAGGAUCAGAGGGACCAGACAGGAGCCGUUCAAGAUCCAUUAACCCAGUAAGGUAGAGCGGGGCCUCACGAUGCCUGUGUGCCCGUUGUCCCUGGAGUUCCUCAAGGCCUCACACUUCUCUCUGGGUCCUGAUCCGCGGCUGCAUGAGGGCACUAUGCAGUGCACAUCGCACAGGGACUUCCCAGCCUAUUCCGCUGUCACCUUGGUCCAGCCCCCCUCGUCACCACCACAGCAAGGCACAGUCUUCCAAAGGGAAGCGCGGUGGGCUUCCCAGAAGCGUGUAUCGGAGAUGCGCCGCGCGUUCUCCCCACCGCCCACGUUACAGUCACAGGGUGAGCUACAAGAGCGGGCAACUGAGCACUCGCGAGCCAUGCAGAUAAGCAAUCUGCACUUGCAAGCCGAUAUGCGUCCUGUCCUCAACCUGUCCAUCGCACGUGCUGACUACGGCUGGCCAGAGCUACCACCGAGCGCCCGCCUGGACAUCCGAAGCGCGCGCCUCCUCUUUGACCGGGAUUCGAUGCCCUCGGGGGACAGGAAGCAGUUGCGCAUGCCGCUCACCUCGUACCAGGCAUACUAUCCGCCCUAUGAUGCCAUCACCCCUCAGCCCUGUGUGCCCUGCAGCCAUCUAGGAGGUUCUAACACCCUGAAGUGGAACUACAAGGGACAGCAAGACACCUCCUACAAGAAGCACUUCCAAGCUCUCCCAAGCCCACCAGCCUUGAUGUGUAAGAGGGCCUCCUCCAGUGUAAACCUAGGAGACAGCAAGGUUGGCUAUAGUCCCCUGUGCUCGCUGGUGAAGCAGACCUACACACCUCAGGGGCUGUCCCCAUACAGGUAUGACAAGGUCCAGGCCGCAGCCCACAUCCACCAGGUGAACGUUGGUCCUGGAGACCGCCUGUUCCAUGACAGAACUACCAUGAACGACUAUUUCUACUCCAAGGAGCCAGAGCCUUUUGUUCUUCACCAUGAUAAGACUCCGGAGUCAAACAUCCUGAAAGGAAACUGGCGCCCUGGCCCUGGCAGCCUCGAUACCUCCGCAAAGUUCUUCUACGGUGAGCCACCUCCUGCGACACAGCCUCCAGGCCGACAGGUGUCCCAUGAGAAACUGAAGGAUCACAUAGUCUUCGGAGACUCAAAGCUGCUCGGUAACUUCUUCCAAACCUCCAUGAGCUCAGACUACUGCCCUCCGACUACCACCCUAAAACAAAGAACCCCCAACUUCUCUUUGUUGGAGAGUAACCUCCCUGAGGGCACAGGUGAAUUAGACUUUUUAACCACGAACCAAAUGAUGAUGAAGCCGCAUGGAAUAGUUCGAGCCUCUAUCACUGAAGAUUUGUUACGGAAGUGCAAAUACAGCCACAUAGAGCCCCCACUGGGCAGACAACGUUUCUUCUCUACACAGAAUCAAGACGAGUAUCCCUUCAAGUACCAGGGUCCAUUGGUACAGAAGCUAAGUAGCAUGCUUGAGAGCCAUCUGCCAAUGGGCACGCCCAAGUACCUUGGCUGCUGGCAUGAGAAAGUAGACCCUCGGGGCCCCCAGAUCCCUAUGUAUCCUUGCCUGAGCCAGCAAUAAGUGUCACUUGAUUGUCAAAUUGA